AUGGGUUUAGUAUCGAGCCGUUGUUAAGCCGACGCUCCACAGUUGGCAGCGGAGGGACCGGAGGGGAAGAGAGAGUUUGGUACGGGACUGGCGGCGGGGUAACGGGGUAACGGGGUAAUUCUCCGGUAUGGGCCUGCUCGCGCGCGUGCGGAAGGAAUGGUUCAUUCUCGGUAUUGCGCUCGCCAUCAUUAUGGCAAAGCUCGCGCCGCACGUGGGGGUAAAGGGAGGUCCUCUUCGGCCCGAGAUUACCAUCACUUACGUUGCAGUGUCGACAAUCUUCUUUAACAGUGGCCUGUCCUUGAAGACGGAGGAGUUGGCGAGUGCGUUAAUGCACGUGAAGUUACAUCUGUUUGUUCAGUCGUUUACUCUGGUCUUUUUCCCGGUGGCCAUCUGGGCCCUUCUCAAAGUUCUGGCCCUCACUGCUAUAAAUGAAUGGCUUCUCAAAGGGUUACAGACGGUGGGCUGUAUGCCUCCUCCCGUGUCCUCUGCCGUCAUCCUCACUAAAGCUGUUGGAGGAAAUGAGGCUGCAGCUAUUUUCAACUCUGCGUUUGGAAGCUUUCUGGGGAUCGUCGUCACGCCACUGCUGCUGCUCCUGUUCCUUGGCUCCUCCUCCUCAGUGCCGUUCUCCUCCAUAUUCUCUCAACUCUUCAUGACUGUAGUUGUCCCUCUUAUAGUUGGGCAGGUAUGCAGGCGGUUCCUGAGGGAAUGGCUGGAGAGGAGGAAGCUUCCCUUCGGAACAGUGAGCAGUGUGGUUCUGCUCAUGAUCAUCUACACCACAUUCUGCGACACGUUCUCCAACCCCGACAUUGAGCUGGACCACCUCAGCCUCCUCAUCAUCGUCUUCAUCAUUUUCACUGUUCAGUUGUCCUUCAUGUUACUGACUUUUUUCUUGUCUACCAGGAAGUCUUCAGGUUUCACAGCAGCAGAUUCUGUAGCGAUUCUGUUUUGCUCGACACACAAAUCCCUCACUCUGGGUAUCCCCAUGCUGAAGAUUGUAUUCGCAGGUUUCGAGCACCUCUCGCUCAUCUCGGUGCCUCUUCUCAUCUACCACCCGGCUCAGAUCCUCCUGGGCAGCAUCCUGGUGCCGACCAUCAAAGCCUGGAUGAACACGAGCCAGAAGUCUGCCAUUUUAGUGCAAUAAGCCUGCAUGUCUUUACCUCCUCCACCUGCAAGUCCGCCCUGAAACUGACCAACCUGCAGCCCAUCUGAGAGACUUGGGAUUAAAUAUAUUUUACCCUGAAAUGUAACGGGACCCAAAGCCGACCCGACCUGCAACGUUCCAUCAUUUCGGAUGAAGGACAAGGGAUGAGAUCUAGGAUGGUGGGAUGAACCAAGUGCCUUACUGCGACUAGUGGGACCUCAAGCAGCUCCAGCUGCUCACCUUUCUUUCUCUCUCUCUCUCUCUCUCUCUCUCUCUCUCUCUCUCUCUCUCUCUCUGUAUAUCUAUCUCACUUUCUCAUUGUUUGUUUAUUUUU